UUUUUAGUCUCACCGCAACUAGGGUUUUUUCUCUCGUUCUCAAUACCAAGUUAGAUUGCAGUGAGGGAGAGGUUAAAGCGACAGCUUUGAUCUUCGCUGUCCGCCUUGGCAAAGCCCCGAGCUUCGUCUUGGCCCUCGAUUUUGCGUCUUCUUUUCUAGGGUUUCGAUUUGUAUUUGUGUAUAUAUACACAGAUAUAUAGUUGUUGUGUGGUGUUUUGUUGUGUAUUAAUCAUCAGCAAUGGCCGUGAAACCAUCCAAGGCAGACAAGAAGAUCGCAUACGACCAAAAGCUGUGCCAGCUGCUGGACGAGUACACUCAGAUCUUGGUGGCGGCGGCCGACAAUGUUGGGUCGAACCAGCUGCAGAACAUCAGGAGGGGUCUUAGGGGCGACUCGGUGGUGCUCAUGGGUAAGAAUACUAUGAUGAAACGCUCCAUCAGGAUUCACGCCGAGAAGACUGGCAACAAGGCUUUCCUCAAUAUCAUCCCUCUCCUCGUUGGUAAUGUGGGCUUGAUCUUCACCAAGGGUGACUUGAAGGAAGUCAGCGAAGAGGUCGCCAAGUACAAGGUUGGGGCACCUGCUCGUGUUGGUUUGGUGGCUCCAGUUGAUGUUGUUGUCCCUCCUGGAAACACUGGACUUGACCCAUCCCAGACAUCUUUCUUCCAGGUGCUCAAUAUUCCCACCAAAAUUAACAAGGGAACGGUUGAAAUUAUUACCCCUGUGGAGCUUAUAAAGAAGGGUGACAAAGUGGGAUCAUCUGAGGCUGCCCUCCUUGCAAAACUUGGCAUUAGGCCCUUCUCUUAUGGUCUUGUUGUCCAGUCUGUUUAUGACAAUGGAUCUGUCUUCAGCCCGGAGGUGCUUGAUUUGACCGAAGAUGAUCUUAUUGAGAAGUUUGCUAUUGGAGUGUCCAUAGUCACUUCAUUUGCACUGGCUAUUUCUUACCCAACUCUUGCAAGUGCACCCCACAUGUUCAUCAAUGCCUACAAGAAUGUUCUGGCUGUUGCAGUUGCAACCGAGUAUUCCUUCCCCCAGGCAGAAAAAGUCAAGGAGUUCCUGGAGGAUCCGAGCAAGUUUGCUGUUGUUGCGGCCCCAGUUGCUGCUGUUGAUUCUGGUGCUGCCCCGGCUGCCAAGGAGGAAGAGAAGAAGGAAGAACCAGCCGAGGAGUCUGAUGAAGACAUGGGCUUCAGUCUGUUUGACUAAGUUAAAUAAAGUUUUGAACCUGUCUUGCCUGUUCUUUUAAUGUGCUCUGCCUUGAGAUGUUCUGUAUUGACGACUUGGAAGUAUUUUAGGAUUGUGAGUUUGAACCAUUGAUUAGCAAAUGUAGUUUCGUUUUUGAAUCGUGAACUAUAAUUUUAAUUUUCAA